AGCAGCGGUGGCGUAGGCGCGACGGCGGUGAAGGAGGUGGAGGAGGAGGAAAAGGAAGAGAAGGAGAAGGAGACGCCAAAGACGAAGAAAGUGGAGAGGGGCGAGUGUCGGCGAUCGGAGUGGGGAGGACAAGGUAGAAGGAACGAGGAGAAAAGACGGCUGUGGUAGGGGAAACGGCGAGAGUAGAGUAGAGUGAAGCAGAGGCAGCGCGCUGAGCCACGAGGGGCUAUUCGAGCGAGAAGGGGAGGGGUGACAAGGAACCCUGGCGGGGAGGGGACGCGGAGGCCUUCGGGGGGCCGACCAACCAGACGGCCGAUGAUGUCAUCGGGGGAGGAGACCGAGUAUUUCGCCCCCUACGGAGCAACUACGGAAAGCAAGCAACAGCGACUCCAGAAGAAGCAGAAGCGCACCAGACAGCGCGUGGACGCCGGCGAGCCGCGCAACAACUACUCGAGUAUACCGCACUUCACCUCCCGGCCAUCCUUCCAUAGCGGUGGUCUGUACGGUUCGAUCUUCGGUGGCAACGGACCGACGCAUCAGCAACAACAACAACAACAACAACAGCAACAGCCGCCGCAGCACCAUCAGUCGCAGUCGCAGCAGCAACAGUCGCCGCAGCAGCAACAACAACAACAACAACAACAACAGCUCCAGCAGCAACAAGCUGGAGCGGCAAGCAGUCAAGGUCAUUUGAGCACAGCUACGACGGGUCCUAGCACUCAGCAGCAUUCCGCCCACGCGGCUUUCGGAUUUUUCGGGCCACCGGGUUACGGCCCCGCCAAGAUGUUGAACGAGAUACUCGGGCGACAGGUCAAACAGGCCAGUGACGCCGGUGGCUCGCCGUCAGAGGGCGGCCACGGGAUGACUGGUGCCGGCAUGGACUCUGCUGCUAAUUUGCAAUCCGGUACCGUGGUUAACUGCGACGAUCCCGCCACCGCCGAGCUCACGCAGCACAUGCUCCGCGACAUACUUCAAGGGCGCGACAUACUUCAAGGCCGGAAAAUCUCCGCGCUAGCGAUGCAAGAACAGUCGAACAACAAUAACAGUAUACACAGCAACAACAACAACAACACCACCGCGGAUCUACUUAAGUCUCAACAGCAUCAACAGCAGAACAGUGAUAGUGCACGUAGUGGAACAGUGCAGAGUGGUGGAGAGGAGAGUGUUGACGGGAAUAACGUCGUGAAUAACGCGAGUCACAGUGAUCGUGAUACCGUGAUGCCGGGCGAUGCCGAGGAUAGCGCGGAGGACGCAGCCGCAGCCGCACGUGCCAUGGAGGAGGCGUUCGCCGAAGCUGGUAUGGAGCCUGGAGCGAAUCUCGAUGGAUCGGACUGCGAGCAGAGUUUGCCCCCGAGUCCCACGCAACCAAGGUCAGGGUCGGUUACCGUGAAGGAGGAGAUACAGGACUCGUUGAACAUGAAACGCAGCCCUAGUCACUCGCCUUGCCCUAUCGUACCGAAAACGGAGACCAGUUCGCCGACGACGGAAACGAAGCGCGCCCGUGUCGAGAAUAUCGUGAGCACGAUGCGCAGCAGUCCGGCGUUGCAGACCGCACCGGUGAACGGUUGCAAGAAACGCAAACUCUACCAACCCCAGCAACAAACGGUGCAUCACGUUCUCCAGCACGGUGUCAGCGAUACCAUGAAGGACGACGAGGAGGAGUACGAGGAGGAGGAUGAUCCGUCGACGAUCAGGCAAAAACGCGAGGAAAAGGAUAACCUGCAGAGUCAGCUGAUGAAGCUGCGCGAACAAUUAGUCAUGAUGCAGCAACAGUACAAUGAGCUUACGAGUAGAAUCGAUUCGGACGCGAGCGAAAGCAUCGGUGCUCCCCUAAGUCCUCAGCCACCGCUCAAACCACCGCGACCUCAUCCACCACCGUACAACGGACUCCCGGCCCUCCCGACCGAACACCCACACGCCGCGGCAGCCGCUAUGUAUCACAUGGGACAGAAACUCUACCUCGAGCAGCAACAAGCUGCUCUCGAGAGGAUGAAGCAGCAUCAGGAGGCUGCUGUCAGGCAGCAGCAGCAGCAGCAGCAGCAGCAACAACAACAGCAGCAGCAGCAGCAGCAGCAACAGCACCAGCAGCAGCAGCAGCAGCACCAACGACAAACUACUCCGCCACCCCCACCGAGUCAAGCGCAGCAACAGAGUCAAAGCAAUACCGGCCCGUCCACGCCGCAAACACCGCAAAUGCAGCCGGCGAGUACGCCUCUUCAGCACAAAGAAUUCCAGGAAAGGAUAAACGUGUUCAGAGGCGCCGCGGCGGUGGCUGGCUCGUCGGGUCCCCAUAUCACCGACGAGGACCUCCAAGGUCUCUCGGGUACGCUCAAGGCGGAAAUCACCUCCUAUCUGACGAAUCUCAUCGACAAGGUUGUAACCAGGUUCGUGCAACAGAGAAAAUACCUCGGGAAACAAAGCGAGGCGGCGCAAGUCGCCGCCGAGCAACUCAACAAGGAUCUCCUGUUGGCGAGCCAGAUGCUCGAGAGAAAGUCGCCUAGAACGAAAGUAGUGGACAGAGGAGCACCCCAACCACCCGGUGGCCCAAACGGGCCACGGGGGCCCCACAACGGCGGGCCCCCACCUCCACAGUCUACGGGUUUCCCGCCAAUCGGUUCCAUGGGUGGUGGGCCCCAUGGCCCUCAUACUGGCCCCAUGGAAAACAACCUUAAUCAAAUGAAUCAACUGCCCCCGCGUGUCAUGUCGGCUGGCGGCAUGUUUCAGACGCCAAAACCGCCGUCGAUGUACAGCAUGGCGUCCAUGCAGGCCCAGCAACAGCAGCAGCAGCAACAACAUCAGCAGCAGCUCGAGCACCAACAAAGAGACCAACAGCAACGCGACCAAUAUUGUAACCUGAGGGGCGAGGAGAGAGAAAGCAGGGACUCGGAACAGAACGAGGCUCUCUCGCUCGUAAUGACACCGAAAAAGAAACGGCAUAAGUAUUUUUCUUCGCAGGUGACGGACACGAGGCUCACACCGAGGACCGUGUCGAGAAUCCUGGCACAGGAGGGUGGCGGAUCGCAAGGAGGCAACGAGAGUCCACCGCCACCGCCUCCACCUCGAUCGUAUCACCCACCACCACCGAUGCUGCCAGUGUCCCUGCCAACCAGCGUAGCGAUACCAAACCCGAGUCUUCACGAAAGUCAAGUGUUCUCGCCGUACUCGCCGUUCUUCACCCCUCACGCGAGUCACAAAGGCCAGGUACCACCACCGGGGCCGCAUCACCUGCCCGCGAGUCCUCCUGGUGCAGGUGUCGACGUCAGGGACUCGCCUCCACUGCCCCAUCCGCCAUCUAUAUUGCACCCUGCCUUAUUGGCGGCUGCUCAGCACGGCAGUUCAGAUUACGGACAUCUCAGGAUGGACAGCAACGACCGGCCCAACGACUGCAACUCCGACGACAUCAGCUAUGACGGGAUUCAGCCUACAUCGUCAAUGCUGACACCGAUACAUCUGAGGAAGGCGAAGCUGAUGUUCUUCUGGGUCAGGUACCCGUCCUCGUCCAUCCUCAAGAUGUACUUCCCCGACAUCAGGUUCAACAAGAACAACACAGCGCAGCUGGUCAAGUGGUUCUCCAACUUCCGGGAGUUCUAUUACAUCCAAAUGGAGAAAUACGCGAGGCAAGCUGUUUCGGAAGGGAUGAAGAACGUCGACGAACUUCGAGUCGGAGGUGACUCGGAAAUCUAUCGAGUUCUCAACCUUCAUUACAACAGAAAUAACCACAUUGAGGUGCCGAGCAACUUCAGAUACGUCGUCGAGCAAACGCUAAAAGAAUUCUUCAAGGCGAUUCAGGGCGGCAAGGACAACGAGCAGAGCUGGAAGAAGUCCAUCUACAAAGUGAUCUCGAGGCUGGACGACCCGGUGCCGGAGUACUUCAAGACCCCGAACUUCCUGCAGCAGCUCGGUUAAAUCAGGAGGUCGCGUGGCUCUUGCUCUUCGUGGUGCGCGGGCUCAUCAGCGCUCGUCGGCUCCCGGUAAUACCAAGAAACCAAAAAUUAACGAUAGCGAAUGAAGGAACGGUCAGCGAAGAAGGAUCGCAUCCGCCAGAGGAGGUACACGUCCUUCGCGUAAAGCGCGUUCAGGUAUCCUUAAACUAACAUAUCGCAGAACGAGCGUGAGAGAGAACGUGAGAGGGGGAGAGAGAGAGAGAGAGAG